AAUUUCCAAAAGUCUGGUUUCCUCAAACAUAAAUCGCGCCUGUAUAAAUUUGUCCAAUAUAGUACUUGUCUUUCUAUUUUACAUUUUCUCGUUUUCUCAUAAACUUUUUCACUACUAUAUCGCGACAAUAUAAAGGCCCAGGCCUUCCGAUUCCAGAAGCAAAGAAGCUAACGUGCGCUUCUCACUCUCCCUCGAUAAAUCCAUUAACGCCAUCCCCUACCUAGUAAAGCUUCAUUACACAGGUGCAAGGGAUGAUCGUUAUAGCUACAAUUUUGCUGGAUAUGGCUUUAAAUUGUUGAUAGAAGAGGCAUUAUUUGAAACAUGAGCUUUAAUUUCUUGAUGAUAGAGAGAUGGAAAGUGAUGAUUUGUCGAGCUGUAAAACUUCUCAGGCUAAGUUAGGGUUGCAGAAGGAUUUGUUUCAGUGUUCGUUGAAACCUAGGGCAAAGAAAAUGGAAGGAGAACAGAAGUCUGGGGCUAAGGAUAGAUCCAAGCCGAUUGAGAUUAGUAUUCAUUCUGAUGAUGAUGAGCCAAUUGGGUCUCUAUUCAAGUUGAAGAGACCUAGAAACCCUAAAAAAGUUAAGGUGGUUUUGGACAAGAGUCAAGUUAGGGAAGAGAAAUUGGUGGCUGAGGAUGAAGAUUCUGGGGGCAUGGAUGAUACACUGGCUAGUUUUAGGAAGAGGCUAAAGGGCCCUAAGAAAGAUAUUGGAUCUGUGACUGCGAGGCCUUUGGAGGAUAAUGCAGAUAAAGGUUGCAGUGAAGGUGGUGAUGUACUAGAUUUGACUAUGAAUAAAGGAGUAGUAGAACACAAAUGUAAAGAAAGGGCUAAGAAAACAAAAGUUGAUGCCAAGAGAGAGAAAACCAGGGGUGAUUCUGUAGUUCAUGAUUCUUUGGAGACUCUGGGAUCUCAGGUAGAAGAUCAAAAUGAAGAAGGUUUUUGUGGUGAGGGUUCAAGUCGCUCUUGGGAUGCGAAGUUGGAAGACAAGUUAUCUUGUAUGUUUCAGAAGGCACAAUCUGGUUCAACAAGGAAGUCUCGCAUAAGUACACAUUCAAAACAGAAUAAUAGCCUUCAGAGCUUGGGGGAUGGUUUAAGCCCCAACUCUGAAGGUAUUUUAGAGUGUUCCAAGUCUGCAGCUGUAAGGAUACAUAGAACUGUUUCUGCCUCCAAUGUGGUCUGUAGAGAUCUGAAAUCUGAAGGUGGUAGCAUUGUAGUCACUGGUAUGAGUCCAUCGGAUUCUGUGUCUGAACAAAGUAAGACAGUGAAAAAUAAAAGACUUGAUAAUGGUUUUUGUGAAACUCCUUGCAUGGAGGGGAACUCUGAUGAAAACAUGAAAUCCAGUUGUAAGGGACAUGCUAGAUCUUCAGAAAUCAUUUCCCCACCUUCAGUAUUUCCCUGCAGUGGUAUUUCAGAUGAAAGAAUGCCAGACGCCGGCUCGAGAUCUUUGGUAGGCCCUUGUAGCUCACUUAGAGUUUGUGAUGAGAAUUGUUCCGUUUCUGGUCAAGAGGAUAGCUUGGAAACCCAGUCUUUGAAGAAUGGUUUAAAGCUUUGUUCUAUGGUCCAUGAUGCUGGAAAAGUGCCUACUUCUGUCACUGUGAAGUUUGAAGACAUUGAUGGGUUCAGCAAAUGCAAUUCCAACAAAGGUUUAAGGGUUGCAUGGGACCAACAAUAUGAGAAGGUUUCAGCCAUAGGCAUUUCAGAUCCCAAAAAUAAAAUUUCAUCACUACCUACGGAUGAGGCAUUGUUGAACAAGUCAUGCAAAAGUUCAUCAAACAGGAUUGGCGAACAAGCUUAUGAAAGAAUUUUGGAUGAUUCCUCAAAAAAUUUUUCUUCUAAUGCAUUGCCACACCAUUUGAAGAUGGAUAAAGCUGACAACGGUCUUGGUUUCGAUCAAUGCCCAAAGUCUUCCCUGCAUGCUCAACCUCACUUGGCUGACUCUGCCAUUGUUUCACUGAAGAUUGAAGAAACUUGUGAUUGUGAUGGUGAUGGUCCAAUUAGUUAUCCUGCUUCAGUUUCUCUGAAAAAGGAAACCGCUACAUCUGAUGGUAGUUUCCAGAUGAACUGCCAAGGGAACUCCUUAGAAACAUUUUCUCACCCAAAUGGGUCCUCCAACUCCAUUCAAAAGUGCAACUCUGUUUCUUGUGAAAAUAUACCUUCUGUUGUUGCAAUGAAAGGUGCUAGUGCUCGAAGUCACGAUCGUCUUUCCAUCAAUGAAGAGAUUGAUGGGGCCUCUCCUCCCUCUACAACUCCAGAAGAAAAUGAAAGUUACCCAGAAGAUGCAGUAUCCAUUCCUGAUUCAGAGCUCAAAGAUGGUAAAUCAUCAUCUGCGCAACGUGGUGUGCGGAAGCCUAAAAAACGCAGGCUUGGGGACAUGGCUUAUGAAGGGGAUCCUGAUUGGGAGAUCUUGAUAAAUGAUCAUCAUUACCUGGAAGGUGACCAGGUUGUUGACAGUGAUAGAUCUUUUAGAACAAGAGAGAAAUCUGAUUCCUCUUCAAUUAGUGUUACGGAAGCUGAAAAUGGUGGCGCAGCUGCAGUGUCAGUUGGACUGAAAGCUCAUGCUGCUGGUCCAGUUGAGAAGAUAAAAUUUAAGGAGGUCUUAAAACGCAAAGGUGGGCUUCAAGAAUAUUUGGAAUGCAGAAAUCAGAUCUUGGGUCUUUGGAGCAAAGAUGUUAGCCGAAUAUUGCCUCUAGCUGAUUGUGGUGUCACAGGUACUCCAACUGAGGAUGAACCAUCGCGUGCCUCUCUAAUUCGGGAAAUCUAUGCAUUUCUUGAUCAGAGUGGCUAUAUAAAUGUUGGAAUUGCCUCCAAGAAGGAGAAAUCAGAACCUAGCAUGAAACAUAAUUAUAAACUUCUUGAGGAAAAAACUUUUGAGGUAGAUCCAGGAGUGUCAGCUGCUGAUUUGGAGGAUGGAGUUUCCUUUAUCCUAGGUCAAGUUAAAAGUUCUGAAACUUGCUUGGAGGCAAAUAAUACGGUGGCAGCUGAUGAUGAAAAUGCACUGUCAAAAGAUACAAAAAGCAGGGAGCUUGAUAUUCUGAUGAAACUUGAAGUAUCCAAUGUAGCUAGUGAGAUACAGCAAACUGGUAGCAUCAGUGCAAAAUUACCCAAUGGACUUGUCAAUUUGGAUGGUGUGAGUGCCGAUCCACUUUGUGCAACAUUGGAUAGCAGGGCAGGUGUUAUGAAUUCAGAGUUACGGAAUGACUUGCAGAGUGUUCAAUCUUCCUCCUGUGACGAUACUGGGGGGAGUCAUAUUUUUGAAUGUGAUUCUGACAACAGAAAGAAAAUCCUUGUGGUUGGAGCUGGUCCUGCUGGCUUAACUGCUGCACGCCACUUGCAACGUCAGGGUUUUUCUGUCAGUGUGCUUGAGGCUAGGAGUAGGAUAGGAGGCCGUGUUUAUACAGAUCAUUCAUCUCUUUCAGUUCCUGUAGAUCUUGGGGCUAGCAUUAUCACUGGUGUCGAGGCUGAUGUGGCCACUGAAAGAAGGCCAGACCCCUCCUCAUUGAUUUGUGCUCAGUUAGGCCUGGAGUUGACUGUCCUGAAUAGUGAUUGCCCUCUUUAUGAUAUUGUGACCAGAGAAAAAGUUCCGACUGAUCUGGAUGAAGCGUUGGAAGCAGAGUACAACAGCCUUCUUGAUGACAUGGUGUUGGUUGUGGCACAGAAGGGGGAACAUGCAAUGAGAAUGUCUCUGGAGGAUGGUUUAGAAUAUGCCCUUAAGACACGGCGCAUGACACGAUCAAGAACAGAUAUUGAUGAAUCUGAAAUGCAAGAUGCAGUGGAUAAUUUAUAUGUUUCAGAAACUUGUAGCAUUGACGGUGGAGUUCCUGAGAAAAUUGGUUCAAACGAGGAGAUUUUGAGUCCACUGGAGAGGAGGGUCAUGGAUUGGCAUUUUGCGCAUUUGGAGUAUGGUUGUGCUGCGCCCUUGAAAGAAGUAUCUCUUCCCUACUGGAAUCAAGAUGAUGUUUAUGGAGGAUUUGGAGGAGCGCAUUGUAUGAUUAAAGGGGGUUAUAGUAAUGUUGUUGAGUCUCUCAGCGAAGGGCUUUCCAUUCACCUGAAUCAUGUUGUCACUGAUAUUUCAUAUAGUACAAAGGAAUCUGGUUUAAGUGAAAAUCAGUGUAAAAAAGUUAAAAUUACCACUUCAAGUGGUACUGCGUUUUUGGGAGAUGCUGUGUUAAUCACAUUGCCACUCGGGUGUUUGAAAGCAGAAACCAUAAAUUUUAAUCCUCCAUUACCCCAAUGGAAACGUUCUUCCAUCCAGCGGCUUGGAUUUGGAGUUCUUAAUAAAGUAGCCUUGGAAUUUCCAGAAGUAUUUUGGGAUGAUUCUGUGGAUUACUUUGGAGCUACUGCUGAGGAAACUGAUCGGAGGGGCCAUUGCUUUAUGUUUUGGAAUGUCAGAAAAACUGUUGGGGCUCCUGUUCUUAUAGCCUUAGUGGUUGGUAAGGCAGCUAUAGAUGGUCAAAAUAUGAGCUCAUCAGAUCAUGUAAGUCAUGCAUUAAUGGUUCUUCGUAAGCUUUUUGGGGAGGCUGUUGUACCUGAUCCAGUUGCAUCAGCAGUGACUGAUUGGGGUAGGGAUCCCUUCAGCUUUGGCGCUUACUCCUAUGUUGCAAUUGGAUCAUCUGGGGAAGACUAUGAUUUAUUGGGCAGACCUGUUGAGAAUUGUUUAUUUUUUGCUGGUGAAGCUACAUGCAAGGAGCAUCCUGAUACAGUUGGUGGUGCAAUGAUGAGUGGGCUCCGAGAGGCAGUGCGCAUAAUUGACAUAUUGAAUAGUGGAAAUGACUACACAGCUGAAGUAGAGGCAAUGGAAGCUGCACAGAGACACUCAGAGUGUGAAAGGGAUGAAGUUAGGGACAUAAGAAAGAGACUAGAGGCAGUUGAGCUUUCCAAUGUCCUGUACAAGAAUUCAUUGGAUGGUGCCCAGAUUUUAACCAAGGAAGCUUUACUAAAAGAAAUGUUCUUUAGUGCAAAAACUACAGCAGGACGAUUGCAUCUGGCCAAAAAAUUGUUGAAUCUUCCAGUUGAAACCUUGAAGUCUUUUGCUGGGACCAGAAAAGGGCUUGCCACACUUAAUUCAUGGAUUCUGGAUUCAAUGGGGAAGGAUGGAACUCAGCUCUUGCGUCAUUGUGUUCGUCUUCUUGUACUUGUUUCAACCGAUCUACUUGCAGUGCGUUUGUCAGGCAUAGGGAAAACAGUAAAAGAAAAAGUUUGUGUGCAUACCAGCCGUGAUAUACGUGCCAUAGCAAGUCAGCUGGUUAGUGUGUGGCUUGAAGUCUUUCGGAGAAAAAAAGCUUCAAAUGGUGGGCUAAAGCUAUUGAGGCAAGCAACUGCAGUGGAUUCCUCAAAGAGAAAAUCUGUUAACAAUCCAGCAGCAGGAAAGCCGCCCCUACGAACUUAUCAUGGUGGUUUGGAGACUAAAGGGAGUUUGGAGGUUGCACCAUCCAGUGGAAUCCCUUCUCCUUCUAAUGCAAGCAUAAAGAAAGUUAAUGGAAAGCUGGUCAAGCUCGAAACCUCCAAGGACUCAAAAUUGGAACCUUUUACUUCUUUAGGGAGACAGCAAAUUAUAGAGGAGGAGAGCAAGUAUACCAUGUCUGAAGAAGAACUGGCUGCAUUAGCUGCAGCUGAGGAAGCCCAUGCUGCUGCUCGUGCAGCUAUUGAGGCAUAUGCAUCAGCAGAAGCCAAGAGCAAUACAGUGAUGCAGCUUCCAAAGAUACCGUCAUUUCACAAAUUUGCAAGGCGAGAACAAUAUGCACAACUGGAUGAAUGUGAUCUUAGAAGAAAGUGGUCUGGAGGUAUCCUGGGAAGACAAGAUUGUAUUUCUGAAAUAGACUCGAGGAAUUGUAGAGUCAGGGAUUGGUCUGUUGAUUUCUCUGCGACUUGUAACCUCAAUAAUUCGAGGAUAUCAGUUGAUAACUUAUCUCAGCGGAGCCAUUCAAAUUUGAUUGCAUGUGAUAUGAACUUUAGAGAGCAGUCUGGAGAAACUGCAGCUGUGGACAGCAGUCUUUUUACAAGAGCAUGGGUUGAUACUGCUGGUAGUGAGGGGAUAAAGGACUAUCAUGCCAUUGAGAGGUGGCAAUCUCAAGCAGCUGCAGCUGAUUCUGAUUUUUUCCAUCCAGCUAUGCAUAUAAAGGAUGAAGAGGAUUCAAACACAAGUUCGAAACCACCUACCUGGAGGAAUGAUGGGCGAGCAAAUGAAAGCUCAAUCUCACAGGUUACAUUAAACAAAGAACCACAAAGAGGUCAUCCUCGAGGUGCUGACCGUAUUAAACAGGCUGUUGUGGAUUUUGUUGCAUCACUGCUAAUGCCUGUUUAUAAGGCAAGGAAAAUUGAUAGGGAAGGAUACAAAUCAAUAAUGAAGAAAACUGCGACUAAGGUCAUGGAACAAGCUACUGAUGCAGAAAAAACAAUGGCUGUUCCUCAGUUUCUUGACUUCAAACGGAAGAAUAAGAUCCGCGCCUUUGUGGACAAAUUGAUUGAGAGACAUAUGGCAAUGAAGCCAGCUGUGAAACGUUGAUUAUCGUCAAGAUUGAUUGGCUUGUGUUUCUGGGUACACCUCUUCUGCAAUUGCAGAAGUGUGUUGCUUUUAAUUCAUGCACGAGUGCACAGCAUGAGAUGGUGGUGGCAGUAUUCCUGGAUUGGAUUUCCUGUGUACAUAAUUCAAACUGCCAAUAUGCUGUCAAUGAUCCAGAAAAUGCCGAGGAAGAUGGUCGUUGUAGUUUGCUCAAUCAUAGUGGGGCCUUACUGAUGAUGCUUGCUGUGUGGCCUACUGAAGAUUGUUCUAUAUUUGGCAUACUUGAAAAUGUUAUCAGAGUCAUUUUUCGUGUCAGGAAGUGAAAAGAGCUCAAGAAAAGUUCUAUAGCUCCACUUAUCCGGAUCACGAUCAUUAGCACAAUUUGAAUGUAUCAGCAAUCAGUCCGUCAUCCUUCGGCACAGUAUUUCAAAGGGUGGAGAGUUAAUACCCAUUUUUUGUUUUUAUAUAGUUCAGGGACCCCUAAUAGAUGAGACACUACCUGUUUCUGACUUUUACUUUUUUAACGUGUACAGCCUAGGAUUGUUUCAUGGUGACAAGAUAUAGAACAUUUUUCUCUUGCCCCAAAAGUACCAUCCUGAUUUAUUCAAGUGAACAUCAGUUGCUAACUUCAUUUUCUGUUCUGAGAAUUUCAAUCCAAGGAGCCUGUUUUGAGUUUAUGGCAACCUUUAUGUUGGGGAAAAUAUUACAGGUGAUUUUUCAAUGAGGGGACUGUAGAUGAGCUUAAUCUUUAUCAGUAACAUUCUUCAGUGCUGAAUCCAUGUUCCUGGUUGGUGAGGGGAACAUGGGACAAUUAAAUUAGUUCAUGGUAAUUGAUUGUUGGCUGGGAAUCCUGCUCGCCUUUUGUCCUCCGAUAGCAUUUGAGUGAAUCUAAACUUUAGAUGGAGAAGAACAUUCACUUCGGGCACGGCAUCUCAAAGUGCAUCAUAUUCUUCGUAUUGAAUUUCAUUUCAGUCAGUUUUUUCUUCAUACAUCACAACCUUCAGAAGUUUCUCCUCAUCUAAUGGUAACAUUUUAUCACAGCUCGACCAAAGCAUGGAUUUUGGUUUAGAGUCAAAAUCAUAAUUAAUUCAACUCCGUUGCUUUCUUUGUUUUUCCUGUCUUUGCAACCAAAUGGCCCCAAAUUAUGGGUGACUGUUCUUGGUACUUCGUGUUUUUGUAGGUUAUACGUUUCAAUUGAAAUUCUUGAGUUCAGAUAGUGGCAUGUCGCUGAUUUUAUUGCCAUUUUUGUUUUCAGAGCCUCUUUAUGCUAUUGUCGUUUAUUGCAAUUGCAGGUUGCCACCUGGUGGCCACUAACUUUGAAUUUAUUACUAUUCUAACUGACCUCUUUUUGCGGGGAACCUUAAAUUGAAUAAAA